ACAAUUUGUAUGUCAACAAAACUUAUGAGACGCAACUUGCAGACACUUGUGAAACUGCUUGUUGUCAAUAUGAAUUCAAUAUUUCUCAAAAACUUGUAAUAUAAAAUACAUUUUAGAUGUGCAAUAAUUCGUGUGAUUUUAGUAUAUAAUUUACAUAUAGCGUUUUUUUUUUUAAAUAAAGUGUAAGAUAUACAAGUGUGUAUAUAUAUACAUAAAUUAUAUAUAUUUAUAAUAUAUAAAAAAGAAGAUCAUGACGUUAUAUUUUGAUGUACGAGUACAAAAUCCUGAGACCGCUUCGAUAAGCACUCUUGCUGCAUGGCACAAUAAUUAUCCUUUGUUGGCUGUUGCUGCGUAUUCUCAAGACAAAGGUGGGUUUGUGAUCAUCUACGAUGAUCAGGGCGAACCUGUGCAGGAUGUCGAGUCACCAAAACACGCCGUGGCGCAGGUCACUGCACUGGGUUGGCAUCCUGAGAGAACAUGGCUGGCAGCAGGAUGGGAGAGCGGAGAGUUGCGAAUAUGGCCAGGAGACACAGCAGCUCAGGAGUUCAAUAUAGUGGUGACUCCUCAUCGAGAAUCCAUCACAAUUCUUCAAUGGAGUCAAUAUGGAGGUCGUUUAGUAUCUGCAGACACUGGUGGAUCAAUAGUUGGUUGGAAAAUAGAUUCAAGAGGGCAACUUCUCAUGACAUUCCAUCAUGAACUGAAAGAAUGUUUCACACAAAUUGCAUUUAAAACAGUUCCUCCAAAACCAGCUAUUGAUAUUAGCGGCUUGGCGAAGGCAGCGGUGGCUGGUGAUGAACGAGCGUUAGAUUUGUUUAGUUCCUGGCGUCCCAGAACUGCUGCGCCAAUAACAGUUGGAACUCAACGGGAUAAUCAUGCGUUUUAUAUUGGUGCAACAAAUGGCACUAUAUACUUUGUCGACGCUCAGGGACAGUGCAAGGAAGUUCUUAACACCGAUGGUGCAGCAUUGCACUGCCUGUUGCAUCAUCAAACCAGGGACUCUAUCAUUGUCUUGACAGAAGGAUUGAAUAUUGGACACUUUCAAGCGGAUCAAGUAACAGGAGAGCUCACCGAAUUGACAAAGGUAAAAUUGAGCAGCAGAAGCGAUACAUCACGUAUGACCAAUAUUGCUUUAUGUUGGAUCAGUGGAAACACUUUAGCGGUGCUAACAGGAGAACUCGCUGUGCGAUGUUGGGAUCUUUAUACUGGCGACACUUACGUUCUUUCACCUCCGGAGUCGUCUAACGGAAAUAUUGCAACGCCUCAGGAAAUAUGCACCAGCUUGGCGUUUUGUAAAAGCAAUGAUAUCUUGGCCGCCGGUACCAACCUAGGGACGAUCUACCUGUGGAAGCGAAAAUGCACGUCUGAAUGCGACGAGAACGCCUGGCCGAGCGUACCAGAGUCUUGUUCCAUUCACGGCACGGUGAAGCAACUGACUUGGGGCACUGGUUUGUCGCGAAAUUCCCUCCUGGCCGUCAACUGCAUCACCAACGUGUUCAUCUUGCAUCAGCAGCCGAUGUGCGCCGUGUACAACCACGGUGUAUGCGCGAGUCAACUCACACCCACGCAGAUUCUUCUUGAGAUAGACGAGCAAACGUACACGUUGAAGACAGAGAUCCAGGUGCAGAUUAUCGCCGUUACGAGGGAAUACGUUGCCGUAUCUUCCGGCAGACAAAUCAUCGUCAAUCGUAUCAACAGAAAUGCUACUCUCAAUACAACCGUACUGGCGACAUUUAGCUGCGACACCGAGAAGAUGCUGAUCUACGAACAUACACUGAUCAUCCUCACUCCUACGAUCAUUCAAUUACGAUCGAUAGAAGGCUCCGUCAUACAGACUCUUCCCACAUUACCAGAGGAAGGCGAACCGAUCACAAUGGAACUGACAGGACAAUAUUUAACUGUGGCAUCAUUGAAUGGGAUUCUGAAGAUUUGGGAUCUGAGCAAACAUGAGGCUAAGUUACACACCCGAGCUAUGGCGACGUACGAGGCGAUCAGUGACUUCGCCGAAAUCAUUGAGGCCAGGUGUAACUCCGAUUGUCGCUGCGUUUCGAUCACCGUCGCCAUGGCGAAUCUCAUGCCAAGCUCGGUCUUAUACGUCUGGGACAUCGAAAGCGAUCAGAUCCACGAAUUCGACUUCGGAGAUUCGGAUAGCGUGAUCGAUGAUGACUCUACGUUAGCUGCGCAAUGCAAAGGAAGAUUGGUUACAGCGCACUGCUGGGACGUGGAGGAUCCCAGAUUGUUGAUAUGUCGAGCUCAAAGACUGGACACACAAGAUUCGAAGAACUUCAAUAACGAUAAUCAAACUAUACAAACGUCCGUGGUAUUGGUAUCGCUGUUCGCGACGUCGGACCACGGUAUCGUUGUGCAAGACGUGAAACCGAUCGCCGAUGAAAGCUGCCGACUGUUAGGCGUGCAAUCGCCGUACAUCGUGAUUCUAAAUUCCGAGAAAAGUUUGGACAGAAACAGCAAGAUCAUGCGAUUAUUGAUGCGAGACUUCGAGGAACUGGGAGACUGCGAUUCCGUUACAAAAAAGGCAGUGAUGGAUUUCAGUUACCACAUCAGCGUGGCGAACAUGGACGAGGCCUUUAAAGCCAUUAAGUCCAUAAAGAACGAGGCCGUCUGGAAGAGUCUUGCCAAAAUGUGCGUGAAAACGAAACAACUGAACAUGGCUCUCCUCUGUCUGGGUCACAUGAAGCAAGCUAGUGCCGCGCGUGCUCUGCGCGAAGCGAUGCAAAACGACGAUUUGAAUUUGGAAGCUAAAACGGGAAUUCUGGCCGUCGAACUCGGUCUUCAUGCUGAUGCUGAACGUCUGUUUCGAGAAGCGAAACGUCUGGAUCUGCUUGGACGGUUGCUCGAGGCGCGUAACAAGUUCAAGGAAGCGAUCGAAUUGGCGAGCAACGAGAACAAGAUUCGCGAGAAAACGAGCUACUACAACUACGCCCGUGCGCUCGAACAACAGGGUAAAGUAGCGGAAGCCAUUGACAUGUACACGAAAGCUGAUUGUCAUCGAUUCGAAGUGCCGCGAAUGCUCUUGACGAGACCGCGAGAACUCAUCGCGUAUCUGAAUAAUUCUGAAGAACCAGAAAUUAAAAACUGGCACGCCCAAUACACCGAGUCGACCGGUGAUAUGGAAACUGCUUUACGUCUCUACGAGCAGGCGAAGGAUAUUUUAUCGAUGACGAGACUGCUUUGUUACUUCAAUAGAGAGGACGAAGUGUGCGAGCUGGUGACUAAAACGAAUCACGCCGCGUCCGCGUAUCAUCUAGCCGCGCAUUACGAAUCGAAAAACAACGUGACACAAGCUAUCCACUUUUACACAGUCGCCAAAGCCUAUACCAACGCGAUUCGAUUGUGCAAGGAACACAAUAUGUUGGAAGAACUCUGGCCGUUAGCUGUGUUGGCGUCGCGACACUCGCAGAUAGACGUCGCGAAAUUUUACGAGGACAACGACCAGCCGGAACGCGCGGUUUUGCUGUAUCACAAAGCCGGUCUCUUGCACAAAGCUCUGGACGUCGCGUUCAAGACGCGACAGUAUAGCGCGUUGCAACUAAUUAUCGUUGAUGUGAACGCGGAUUCCGAUCCAGCGUUGAUUCGCAAAUGCGCCGAUUAUUUUAUGCAAAACGAACAGAUCGACAAAGCGGUGGACUUGCUCGCCACGGGCAAGGACUGCAUAGCGGCUUUGAAACUGAUUCAACAGCACAACGUCACGCUGACCGAGGAACUCGCGGAGAAGCUGACGAUCGAGAAGGGAAGCGACAACGACGCGGAACACGAACGUUUGAGAAUCUCCACGCUCGAGAAAAUCGCGGAGAUCGCCUUCGAUCAGGGAAACUACCAUCUCGCGACUAAGAAAUUCACACAAGCUGGCAACAAGUUGCGCGCAAUGAAAGCGUUGCUCAAAUCCGGCGAUACCGAGAAGAUCUGUUUCUUCGCUCAGGUUUCGAGAAAUCGCGAGAUCUACAUCAUGGCAGGCAAUUACUUGCAGUCCUUGGACUGGCAGAAUCAACCGGAGGUGCUGAAGAACAUCAUCAGCUUUUACUCCAAAGGCAAAGCAAUGGAUUUGUUGGCAAACUUUUACGUGGCAUGCGCGCAAGUGGAGAUAGACGAGUUUCAGAAUUACGAAAAAGCGUUGGACGCGCUCAAUCAGGCGAACCGAUGUCUCACUCAAGUGAUAAUGCCGCGGGAUUUGGAUGUUCACAAGCGAGCGGUCGAGCUAGUGAAUAACAGGAUGCUGACGAUUAAACGCUACCUGGACAUCAAAAGAUUUUUCGAUAAGGGCGAGACCGAGACGGCGAUGCAGCAGGUUCGUCACCUGCUGGAUUCCCAGGGAUCUAAUCUGGAACAAUCGGUACGUCGCGGCGACUUGUUCGCAACGAUCACGCAGCACUACGCCAAUAUCGGAGACACCGAGAAAGCCUGGGCCACCAUCGAAGAACUGAAACGUUUAGUACCGGGAAUUAACUUGAGUUACUACUUCAACGUGGAUCUUCUCGAGGCGUUAGGUUACAAGAUAAAAGUGGAACGGCAAGACAGUUCCGACAAAGAUGACAGAAUCGAAGAGCUCUUGGGAGAAUAAAGGAGUUUCGACAAAUUCAGCUAACGAGUAUAAUACAGGUCAAUAUUGCGGUUGCCUUAGUGAACUUAUGUGGUGUGUAUAUACAUAAGUAGUUUUGAAUUUUCACACGAAAUUUGUGAUGAAAGAAGCAACAGGAGCAAUAUAAAUUGUAUUAUAAUAA